AUGAGGGAAUUAAUGGGGCAACAGGCCCAGGAUCAAGCUGCCGCCUUCACCGCCGCUGUUGCAGCCGCCUCUCAAGCUGCUGCUAUCGCCGCUAUUGCCACCGCAGCCGCUGCCACACCUGUCGCCGUACUUGCCGUCGCUCCUGCUGAGGUUCCAUCAGGGAACAUGGCCGCAGAGAGACCGAUCCACAAGCUAGUGGAACAGUUCUUUAAGUUGAACUCGCCUAGGUUCACGAGUGCUGGAGAUUCAGAGACCACCUCUCUUUGGAUUCAGGAUAUGGAUAAGUCGUUUGCACUUCUGAAGUGCAAUGAAGAGGAGAAAGUGGUAUUGGUAGUAUACCAACUGCAAGGUAACGCCAACAUUUGGUGGAGAGUCGCCAAAGAGUCAGUGUUUCCGAAAGGUGUGGUUCCCGUGUGGGACGCCUUUCUCAAAGCCUUUAAUGAUCAGUAUUUCUUGGGUAGUGCCCGAGAACAGAAAAUGGAGGAGUUUCAGCGUCUCCGCCAAGGGAAUAUGACCGUUGACCAAUAUGGGAUCAAAUUCGCUGAACUUUCUCAGUACGCGCCGAGAUUAAUCAAAAACCUUGAAGAUAAGGCUCGAAGGUUCAAGAAUGGUCUUCAACAAGAGUUGAAACAGCUGUUGGUGCCAUUCAAUUUGAAGGAUUACCAAGAGAUAUAUAAUCAAGCCCAGUUACUGGAGAGGUGUUUGAACGAACAAGCUGCCUCAUUUGGAUCGAGGUUUAAUUCGAAGAGAGAUGUGAUUCAUCAUGGAAAGAAGCCCAUGACUUGA